AUGGCGUCCGCGGCGGACCCGCUCCUGGUCCUGUAUGGGUCCGAGACUGGUAACGCGCGCGACGUCGCGGAGCGCAUCGCGCGCGAGGCGGCGAGGGGCGGCGACGACGCCGGGUCGGUGCACUGCCUGUCCAUGGAUCGCUUCGAGGUGACGCAGCUGCCCACCGCGCCGCUCGUGGUGUGCGUGUGCUCCACCACCGGGCAGGGCGACCCGCCCGCGAACAUGCGCGACUUCUGGAGGUUCCUCCUGCGCAAGUCGCUGCCGGCGGACUCGCUGAACGCCGUGCGUUUCGCGGUGUUCGGCCUCGGCGAUUCGCACUACCAAAAGUACAACGUCGCCGCCAAGAGGCUCCAUCGCAGGUUGCUCGCGUUGGGCGCCCGCGAACUGCUCGACCUGGGCUUAGGGGACGAUCAGCACCCGACGGGGUACGAGGCGACGCUGGAUCCGUGGCUGGAGCGACUGUGGCGCGCGCUGGGCCGAACCGUGGGUCCCUCGACGAGCGCCCACCACCAGUCGGUCGAGUCCCAACCGGCGGAUCCGUGUCGCGUCGUCGUCCGCGUCGUCGAGGCGCCCGAGGGUUUAGGGUCAGGGUCAGGGUCCGAGGCGGGCACGAACGACAGACUUGACGAUGAUCGACCCGUGCGUGACGUCGAGGCGAGGGUCCGCGAGCUGUGCGACGCCGCGCGCGAGCUGGAUCGAGCGCUGGAGGCGGCGGCGGCGAUCCCGCCGCGGCUCCUCCGAUCGUCGAGCAGGACGGCGAGUUCGUCGUCGUCAUCCGCCCGAGCCUUCACCGAAGAUCGUCCCGCGGUCGCCACCGUGCUCGUCAACGCCCCGCUCACCGCCCCGGACGCCGACGCGGAGGUUCGACACGUCGAGAUCGCCGCCGCCGACGUCCUCGGCGCCGGCGAGCCGCCGCACCGACCGGGAGACUGCCUCGCGGUGUCGCCGCUUCCCCAAGACGACGACGCCGGUGAAACCCGCGCGGCGACGAUCGAGGUGCUCCGCCGCGCGGGCAUCGCGCCGGACGCGUGGGUGGUGUGCGAGGUGUCGGACAGGUGUCGAACAGGUGUCGGACACGCCUACGUCGGGACGCCGGUUCGGGCGAUGGCGCUGGUGGAGGGCGCGCUCGAUCUUAUAUCGGCGUCGCCGCGGCGGUACUUCUUCGAGACGGCGGCUACGUUCGCGUCUCACCCAAAAGAGGCGGAGCGCUUACGCCACUUCGCGUCCAAAGACGGCAGGGACGAGCUGUGGUACUACAACGAGCGCGAGCGUCGGUGCGUGCGCGAGUUUCUCGAAGAUUUUCCAUCCGUGGCGAUGCCGCUCGGUUGGAUGCUGACGACGGCGCCGCGGCUUCGGCCUCGGCUCUUCUCGAUCGCGUCGGCGGCGUCGGCGGCACCGGACGCGAUCCACCUCACCGUCACGACGGUGCGAUGGAAAACCCACUACGGCCGAACGCGACACGGGCUGUGCUCCAACGCCGUCGCCCGGGUCGCGCCCGGUUCGGGCACGAGCAAGCUGGCGUGCUGGCUCUGUUCGAACGGCGCUACGUUCCCCCCGCCGCGGGACGACGCGCCGCUCGUGCUCGUGUGCACCGGAUCGGGCGUGGCGCCGCUGCGAUCGCUGGUGCAGGACAGGGUCCACCGCGCGUUGCACGCCGGGGCGAGGAUCGCGCCGACGCUCGUGUUCUUCGGGUGCAGGCGGGAGGCGGGUGAUUUUUUGUACCGGGAGGAGUGGGAGGCGCUCGCGGGGGAUCCGAUCGCGCUGCUCGGUCACCCGGAGCUGCGAACGUUCACGAACGACGCGAACGACGACGGGUCGUGCGGGUCGCCCCUAAACCCUAAACCCAACCCUAAACCCUCCGAGGUGGUCCACCUGGAGGGCGGGUUUGUGCCGGCGUUUUCCCGGGACGGCGCCGCGAAGGACUACGUGCAGCACAGGAUCGCGUCGCACGCGAUGAGGGUGUGGCGCAUGCUUCGGGCGGGUGCGGCGGUGUACGUGGCGGGGAGCGCGGCGAAGAUGCCGCAGGACGUGAGGGAGACGAUGGAGAAGGUGGUGGAGGCGUGCGGUGGGGUGUCGAUCGACGACGCGAGGGCGUACGUGCGCGGGAUGGAGAACGGUGGACGGUACGUCGUGGAGGCGUGGUGA